CGCUUGUCUCCGAUUGGCCCAGCUGGAGCUCCGGGUCCGCCAGGCAUUGGCCGAGCGCGAGCGGCUCCUGCGCGCCAGGGAGGCUCGAAAAGCUGCCACGGCCCCGCCCACCACGGACACGCCCCCUUCUGAUGAGGCUCCGCCUGCUCCAGCACAAGCCACGCCCCCUCCAGCUCAGGCCACGCCUCCUUCUGAGCCCGACCUCCUGUGCGCCCUCCGGGCCCGAGGGCACCGCCCCGAGGCCGUCGGGGGCCUGAGGAUUUUGGGGGGGUCCCUGAGGGGUCCCCUCACCAAAAUGGGGGGAAGGAUCAAGACCUGGAGGCGCCGCUGGUUCCACCUGGACCCCCAGAGGAGGGUCCUGGCCUAUUAUGGGGACCAAGCCCAAACCAAACUCAAGGGCGUCAUCUACUUCCAAGCCAUCGAGGAGGUUUGGUACGACCCAGGCCGCGUGGCCGGAAAGAGCCCCAACCCGCGCCUCACCUUCUGCCUCAAGACCUACGAGCGCCUCUUCUGGCUGGUGGCGCCCAGCGCGGAGGCGCUGAGGAUCUGGAUGGACGCCGUGCUCACCCUCACCCGCGGUGCCGCCGCUUUUUGACGUUUUUCCCUUCGUAUUUCCCUUUUCUUUCCGUAUUUCCCUUUCCCCCCUCACGGUUUUCCCGCCCUUUUUCUCUCCCCUCACGGUUUCCCGCCCUUUUUCUCCCCUCACGGUUUUCCCGCCCUUUUUCUCCCCCUCACGUUUUCCCGCUCUUUUUCUCCCCCCUCACGUUUUCCCGCCCU